AAUGAUUUGUUUUCAUUCUUUAAUAACAAUAACUUAAGAAGCUACUAUAAUACUUUCAUCGUCUGAAUUGGUUAUUUUACGGUCAUUAUUUAAUGUAGCUAUUUUAUUAAAAUGUGCCUUAAUUACUUAAAAUUUGUGUGAAUGUUUUAUUCUCUUUCGCUCUAUUUAUUCAGUUUUUCUAUUAGCUUUUGCGCCUUCAUCUAACUUCCUUUUGAAAAUGGAACAUCGCAAUCAACAAGCAAAGGCAUUGCGAGAUGCAAAAAGAGAAUUGGAAGAUAUUGAAGAACAAAUCAAUCUGCUUAAAGCAAGAAGGCAAGAGGUGGCUGCUAGGAUUGAAAGACUCAAAAAUGCUACUGGUCAAUCUAAUAGUUUCCGAGGAAAAGAAUAUUAUGACAGAGACAAUUUUGAAUGGAGUAAAAAGCUAAUUGAAACUUGUGAUAAAGUGUUCCAUAUCAAAGCAUUUAGAUCUCUCCAAAGAGCAGCGAUCAAUGCUACAAUGAGUGGUGUUGACUGUCUGCUUAUAAUGCCCACAGGAGGUGGUAAAAGUCUCACCUUCCAAUUGCCAAGUGUAAUUAGUUCUGGUAUCACUGUUGUAGUAUCUCCGUUGAUUGCACUGAUGGAAGAUCAACAAAUGGGCUUACGAGAUUUGAAUAUAGAAACCUCCCUUUUCAAUGCUCAAACAACCAAAGAAGAAUCUCGAGAUAUCAUGCGAGCAAUGGUUGAUCCAUCUUCUUGUCUCAAAUUGAUAUACGUUACACCUGAAAAACUUGCCAAAUCUAAAAGUAUCAUGUCACAAAUGGAAAAAAUGUAUUCAAUGGGAAGAUUUUCCAGAUUGGUAAUAGACGAAGUUCAUUGUUGCUCUCAAUGGGGUCAUGAUUUCAGAACAGACUAUAAAUUCCUUGGUAUAAUGAAGAAUCAAUUUCCCGAUGUUCCUAUUUUAGGAUUAACUGCAACUGCGACGCCCGAAGUUGUUAUAGACAUACAAAAAAUACUCAACAUUGAAGGAUGUUUAGUUUUAAAGGAUAGUUUCUAUAGACCCAAUCUAAAAUACGAAAUUAUUCAUUCACAUAGUAAAAAUGACAGUGCAGCACUCGCUGAUGUGAUAAAGACAAGAUUCAAAGGACAAAGUGGUAUAAUUUAUUGUUUAACCGUUAAAGAAACUGAAGAUUUGGCUGAAAAAUUGUGUCAAGAAAAUUUAAGAGCAAGUGCAUACAAUGCUCAGAUAUCUCCUAAAUUGAAAAGUAAAAUCCACGAGAAAUGGUAUUCUGGAGUCAUUCAAGUGAUAGUCGCUACCAUCGCCUUCGGGAUGGGUAUCAAUAAGAUGGACGUUCGAUUUGUUAUUCACUAUUCUAUGUCCAAAUCAAUAGAAAAUUAUUAUCAAGAAACCGGUCGCGCUGGUCGAGAUGGAAAGACUGCUCAUUGUAUAUUAUUUUAUCGCUUCCAGGACGCUUUCAGAGUUACAUCAUUGUUCUUCACCGAAAAUAAUGCCCUUAAAAUUAUCUACCAAAUGAUUGGAUUUUGCACCGACAGAGAAUCUUGUCGUAAGAAGUUGUUAGCUCAAUAUUUUGGUGACUCUGACUGUCGAUGCAAUCAAAUGUGUGAUAACUGUAUCAAUGGUUUAAGGACUGAAGAGCUUGACGUUACUCAGUAUUGUGAAAACAUCAUAGCUAUUCUCAAAGACCCUAAAAAUUCAAAGGAGCGAUUCACUGCCUUGAAACUGUUAGAGGCAUGGACUGGAAAAGGAGCUAAAAAACUACGGGUUGAUGGUAUACCAAAACCUGCUUUGCCUCGUGAAGUUUGUGAAUCAAUAAUUAUUCAAUUGUUGAUCAAUGGUUAUUUAAAAGAGGAAUUUCAUUUCACUUCUUACACUACUUACAGUUAUAUUGUCCCUGGCUAUAAAGCCUCUAUGACCAGAAGAGAACCAAUAAUUGUAAGAAUAGUGACAACUGAAAGUCCUGGGUGUGUGAAAAAGAGUCGACCCCGAUUGCAAAAGCCUCAAGAUGUUGUACAGAAUGCAUUUACAGUAGAAAGUGACGAUUCAGACGCUGAAGAAGUAAUCAUAGCUUCGGCCAAAAAACGACCAAGAAUUUUAGAUGACUCGUUCAACGAGCAUUCUAAUUCUGAUAAUUCUCUUAUUUGCUUAGAAUAACAGUAUUUAUUGAACAUCAAUAAAGUUUAUAUUUUAAGAAUAA